AUGAAGCUUUUCCGAAAACUCAAAGGAAAGAAGGAAGGGAAAAAGGAAGAGAAAAAGGAAGGGUAUGUUGGAACGUCAGCAACUCAGCAAACCCGGAGUCAGACUCCCUCGACACCGCAAGCGCAGAAUCGGAAUGCAGAGCGACAGUCGACCGCCUCAAGGGGCUUGGGGAGUUUAAGGGUUACAAGCUCAGUAGCCCCCAAUCUCCAGGAACUCAUGAAGCUCAUGGCGUCACCAGCAUCAAGCAUGUCUGCGGAGGAGGCACGAAAUAUGGUCGAACUUCAGUCACCUGGGCCUUGCCUGAUAUGCUGCAACUUGGACCCAUACCGAGCCCCUCCGGACGUAGACACCAGCGAGACUCAUCGCUCAUGGGCCAGGGCUGAGUACAAUAUUCCCGCCGAGACUCCAGUUUCAAAGAUCACAGUAGAAAAGUCAGAAGACCUGGUCGAAUCGUCCCAGCGCGGCUGCUUAUACUGCACCAUGAUUCGAACGGCACUCGGAACAGCGAACCCUACAUGGGAAACUGAGAAGUCCUAUAUGUAUAUUUACUUGGCUAGUGGCCUACCGGUAAUCGUCCAUCUGGCGUUUGGUGGGACGUCUACAGUGAGGAUGGGGAGGGAAGAGAUGCUGAACAGCUUCGGUGUCGACCUACCGGAGGGACAGGCCAUGAACUUCAUCAUCACAGUUGACGACUUUUCCAAACCAGCCAUUGACGUCGAGAUAUAUCGGUCUGUUAUCAACCCCAGUGAGACUACCGUUGGCGAUGUUGUCGUAGCACCGCUUGUGGAGCACAUGGGUGCCGCAUCUCCGAUACCAGAACAUUCAGGGGACCCAAGAUGCUUCGAGUUCAUCAAUAAGCAGGUCACUAACUGUAUGAAGAAUCACAAAUGUGGAGGAGAUGGUCCUCUUCCUCUGCUUCCUGACCGCAUCAUCUGGAUUGAAGCCAACAACUCCACACGCAUACAACUCGUGGAACCCACGGACAUCCGCGCCAAGUACAUUGCGGUUAGCUACUGUUGGGGCCCUACCAGCCCCAGUACCUAUCUCACGAAUGCAUCAACUUUAGAAGCGAAGAAAGCCGGCAUACGGUUCCAGGACCUGCCGCCGCUUUUUCAAGAUGUUGUUAGCUGCUCCCGAUCACUUGGAAUAGAGUAUGUCUGGAUCGACAGGCUAUGCAUCAUUCAGGGCCAAGAUGAGGACUUCAAGCGUCAGGCAGCCAAGAUGCACCAGAUCUAUGGCAACGCCACUUUGACUAUUGCGGCGGCCUCGGCGGGCUCUGAAAACGACCGAAUCUUGUUUCCGAGAGACAUGAAGGGGCAAGCGUUCAAUCUCAACCUUAACAUUGACGGGAUCGGGUCCUUGAAGCUUGGGGCUCGACGCCGAACACAUCCUCUGGGCACUGAAGAUAAAGGCGGCGACUAUGGUAAAAUUUCUACUAGGGCGUGGAUCUGGCAAGAACGACUACUAUCUGGACGCAUGGUUUUCUAUACUCCGUCAGCGCUCAAGUUUGAAUGUAACCAGCAUUCCAUUUGGGAAGGAUUUGCCCCGGAUGUUAAAGGUCAUUCUUGGUCUGCGCAGCUGAACAACAUCUCACACACUUCUUGGACUUCCCUGGUGGAGGAGUACAUGAGCAGAGACAUCACUCGCCAGUCUGAUCGGCUCCCAGCGAUGGACUCAGUUAUGAAGCGCAUAUCACAGAGCCAGGGAUGGUCUCCUCUCUGGGGAAUGUGGGCCAACACGCUCGUGGAGAGUCUGGGGUGGCAGUCAAAAGUAUCAGAAAAGAGCGGAAAACUCAUGUGCCGCACGAACCCGGGCAACUACGCACCUAGCUGGAGCUGGGCCAGCGUUGAUGGACCCAUCUCGUACGUUUCUGCCAGAGGCUUGGGCGGCCUCGAGGCAAACGACCCGAUGAUUUAUGACAUGGAGAUUCGAAGCGUCAACGCGGCCUCGGGCUUGAUUCGGGUCGCCGGCCAUGCCAUUUCGGUUGAGCUGAGUUGCCGCGUUGAGAUCUACGAGUCAGAAGACAACCCGACGGGUGAGAGAGAGGUGAAGCACCAUUACGAGGUUCUGAGGGUUUACAACAAUGGGCAGCCGUUUCCCAUGCACCCCGACGUUCACUUGAAGCCAGGGAACAUAAACGUCUCGGGACAGAAUGUCAGGACUGUAGUUCGGCUUCCUCACAGUGAGAAGCCUCCGGAGACGUCAUGGACCGCCAAUUGCCUCUGCCUCCUGGUUGGCAAUAUGAGAUUGAGAGCUCAGGUGCUUUUCUUGGGUGGCUCACUACGGCAAGAAAGGGCCUGGGAGCGCAUUGGAAUGGUUGACGGGCUGCACCCUGCUAUUUUUGGGACGUCUGAGCGACGUCUUAUUGAUAUUGUUUAA